AUGGAUUGUGAUUCAACCAACCCAUCCAUCUCUGUUGAUGUCGACAAUGACACUACAGCAGAUGAGAAUGUCCCAAAACAAUAUCACUGUGCUGGAAAGUGCAUAGUGACAGCAAAGGUGACCAAGUACCCUGCAUUUGUGGUCUUUGAUUGUGGGUUUGCUGGAAUGAGGCAAGAAGACAGCAUCAAGUUGAUCCAGUUGCCCCGCAAAGUCUAUUGGAAAAGCCACCAGAAAACAUUGGUGCUUCGUGGAUGCAUUCUUGGAAAUGGAGGUCACUUCAUUUCAGUUGCUUUCUUCCCUUUCGGUUUGAUGGUGGAAGAUAGAAUGUUUCCUACAUAUAGCAAGAUCAAAUACUAUCCUCUGGACCACUGGGAAGAAGCUAUGUGUGGCAUGUGCAUUUCCAUGAUCUUUUAUGAGCUCAUUGAUGAUCCCAGCCUCAAGUCAUGGUAUGGAAACAUUAGCUGCAAUAUUGACAGGGUGAUGACAUGCAAUUGUGUCUAUGGAAAGUACUCUAUCCAACAAUGUAACAUCCCUGAUGACAGUAGCAAUGGAGAAGUUGCCCAAGCUGAUGGAAGUGUCCAAGCUGAUGCAAAUGUCAAAGAUGGUGCAAGUGUCAAAGAUGGUGCAAGUGCCCAAGAUGAUGCAAGUGUCCAAGAUGGUGCACGUACCCAAGAUGAUUCAAGUGUUGGAGAGGAUGCAAGUGUCAAAGAUGGUGCAAGUGUCAAAGAUGAUGCAAGUGCCCAAGAUGAUUCAAGUGUUGAAGAUGCUGGUGCUGAUGAAGUUGUUCCUAGUAGUGAUGAAGACAGUGGCAGUGAGGCCACCAUUGAGGCCACCAUUGCUACAAGCUCUGUCAUCUACCAAGCAGAAGCGCACACCCAAAGUUGCCACACCCAAAAACUCAAGAGCUACUCCAGCAGUCCCAUCAAGACAGCAAUCCGAUCGCAUUACAGAUGGAUGGUCUUUUAG